UAAUUGACCACAAAGACAUAAAUGUUAGAAGAGACAGAGUUCCUGAAAGAAUGGGAGGAUUUCAGGGAUUCCCGAAUCAUAUAUCAUACUCAAAAAUGGGAACUACAAUUUAUUCUUCAAGGAAGAUUUUGGCAUUCAUGACAGGGACUUAGUCCUCUGGAUUUUUUGUGAUCAAGCCUUGACUUUCCAUAACUCUUGCUUCCUAUUCCUUAGUCUCGUCCCUUUUACCCUAUAGUCUUAUAAAAUGUAAACAUGGUUUCUCUAUAAAUAUAAGAGGGGAUACGUACACAUUUGUUUAAUUUCCAAUACCAAUAUUUGGCUUUCAAAUUUUCUCUUCCCAAAUAGAAGGUGCUAAGUAUGGAAAACCUGGAUUCGGUGUUCAUUUACCAUGAGGGAGAACACGAGUUAAGGCAGAAGCUUAUCAAUGCCACCCUUCAACUUGAGAACAUGAAAAUUGUGAGAACAGAACUGUUCAAUCUGUUAAAUAUGGCUUACAAAGAGAGGGAUGAAGCAAGGUGUCAGCUACAGAAAUUGAUGAACCAACUCAUGCCCUCUAGCCCAACAAAUUUGCAAAACGUGUUUGAUAACCAAAGCUUUAUGAUGUUCCCUUAUGCUAAGGCAAACUCAAGCAUAACAGAAUCUGACAAUAGUGGUUCCCAAGUGGAUUCCUUCUUUGACACUGUCUCUUCUCCAGAGUUUACAAACAUCAAUGCAGUUGACCCUAUUAACAAAAUGAGUUAUCUCAAUCAGCACUUGGUUGUUCAGGACAUCAAUUUCUCAGCAACACAUGCUUUGAUGGCCCCUUCAGAGAAGCCCGUGUCUGAUACUGCCACUGCAAUCAUAGAUAGUAUUGCCAAAGAAAGAGGUUUGCCUCAAAAAGGUAAACUCCUUCAGGCUGUGGUGGAUGCUGGUCCAUUGCUUAAAACUUUGCUCCUUGCAGGGCCACUUCCUACAUGGAGAAACCCCCCUCCUUUACAAAACCUCAAACUUCCAGUUCCACCCUUAGCCAUCAAAAAGUGUGAUACCACUAGCAUUGAGCCUAACACUUUUGGAGACACUGGAAAUUCACUUCUAAAACCAAAGCUUUCACCCUUGCAUUCAUCAAAUGCUCCCUCCACUUGUUCAGCUUCCAUGCUCAACUUUGCUGGUCAAAGUCAAACUACUGGUUCAUGGAACAAUGCAUGGCAGUUGAAUUCAUCUUCUGGUGUUGGCAUCCAAGUAGCACCAUCAAGGAAGCGGCAAAGGCAUCAAUGUUUUGAUGAAAUUUUUAUCCCCGAGACCUUUUCUUCCACUGUGUAAAUGGAGUUACAUGGAUCGGUGCGAAUGGCACACCCUGCUUUUGAUUCAAGCAGCAUAGAUAGCCUUUUAGGUUUUAGUUAAAAUAUUGGGAGCCCUCCAUUUGAGACGUAGGAAGAUUAAACUCAUAUAUUAAAUCUAAUUUGCAUCUAUGUGAUGUAAGCUUUUGACUGCCAAUAAUCAUCAAAUAGUAUUCUAUAUUAAGUUUAAUUAGAAAGCAUAGGUUUUUUUUUUUUUACCCACAUUUAGUUAUAGAAUUUAAGUUUGUUGACUUUCAUAAGUUGUUUAAGAUGAUUUCUGACUGGUUGAUAUUGUAC